CUCGCGUUUGUUGUGGAGCAACACUUGUCAAGAGCGGACGUGUUGUAUCUGAGUCGCUGCGCGGAGCUAUUGGGUACGCAUUGCGGGUGUUUGUGUUGACUAAUUGCGAAUAAAACUACUGAAAAUCGGUCGAAGCUAUAACUACCGCAAAAGCCAUUAAAUAGAUUCAAUAAUAAAAAUCGUGUAGAAUUUUAAGUUGACGCAGCGUCUAUGUGUUUGUGCGUGUGCAAAACGAAAAUGGCAAAAAGCAAAAGCAGCUAGCAGAUGUGUGUGCGUGUGUGUGUUUUUUUAAAUUGCUAUUAAGGCUGGCGAAUUAGCAUUAAAUAAUUAAGCAGUGCCUAUAAAAUAUUUGAAGCGGCACAGGCGAAGGUACAACUGCAUUUCAAUUCACCUGCGAUUGCAACGCGCGAGUGACUCGCUUUGCAUACUGCAUUGAAAUGACAACCACAACGCAGGUGGAGGAGAUCAACACGAAUGGCAAUGGGAGCGGGAGCUUGGAUGGUGGCAGCGCGGUGACCACAAUGCCAACUGCAGCCAACUCUAACUCGAACAUGAACUCGAACUCGAGUCCAGCUCUGGCCAAAGCCCAGCCCGUGUCCAAGAGUUCGGGCGGCGUGGGCGUGGCCAGCACACAAAGAGCUGUGGAUGCGACCAAGCGCAAGAAACUGAAAUCACGCAGCGCCACAACAACAACAACGGCAGCAGCAGCAGCAGCAGCAGCAGCGGCGGCAGCAGCAACGGGCACAACAACCGCGACAACAACGAACAGCAAGAACAAAAGCAGCAGCAGCAAUGGCAGUGCACGUGAGCAAUAUGCCAAGGAUCAUCUAGAUGCGUGGCUGGAGAAUUGCCUGCGGGAUGCGACGAAUGCACAAUUGUCAUCAUCAUCGGAAUUUCUGGACUUUAAUCCAACAGCAGCGACCAAUAAGACGUUGGCAGCAGCAGCAGCAACAGUGACGCAACAACAACAACAACAGCAGCAGCAGCAGCAGCAACAACAACAGCAGCAGCAGCAACAACAACAACAGCAGCAGCAACAAUUUUUCAUGCGUUCACACUCGCAACCGUUUGGCAUGGGCGGUGCCACGCCCUUUAGCAUGGGCAUACAGCGCCACCCACAGUCGUUGAGUUACCGUUACCCCAUGCUCUUUCCGCCCCAGUCCAACGGCUACGGCCUAAACUUUGGCCUGCCGCUGGCCGGUGAUGGGGCCCAGGAGUUUGCCAGUUUGCCGCCGCUGGUCAAUAUGCUUGGCGGCUUUGGCGCCAGUCCAGAGCAUGACCAGAACUCCACGGACGUUAUAGAUGGCAGCGGCAGCAAUCCGAACAUAAGUCGCGGCUUUCGCUUUAGUGAUCCCUGCCUGCUGAAUCCCUCGGACAAUGACUCCAAGCUGAGUGGCCAGAAUACGCCCGACUGUCGCAAUGGCAACGGCAACGGCAACGGCGCCCCAGUCUCGACCAAUGGCAACGGCAGCGACGUCGAUCAGCAGAAUAAAUUCUUUGCCGCGCUAAUGGAACAGAUUAACAUAUUGCACGAAACGAAUUCCAAAAUUUGUCGCAAUUUGCACGAAACGAAAGGUGCCUACACGCCCGGCAUGAUGACGGAUGUGGUGCGCGAGGUCAAAGAGGCGGCGCGUGUGCGUGAGGAUGCGUUGCUCAAUCGCGUCAAGUCCUUGGUGGAGGAGCGCCAGUGGUCCAUGAGCGAGGGCAAUGUGCGCAUACUGCGUGAUAUAGAUGAGCUGAAGGCGCAGGUAAUGCAGCUGCGAGUGGAGCGCAAGGAGACGAACAAACGCGUGUCGCAUCUGGAGGCGGAGAACAAAUAUCUCCGCCAGGCAUUGGCCAGUUUAUUCAAUCAGCGGCAGGCAUAUCACGACAUUAUAUACGAGAACGAACGCGCUCGAGGUGCGCGCACCAAAACGCCGUUUGGCUUUCCCAAUGGGGGCGCUCGACGAGCACAUUCCUUGAAUCUGCACUAUGGCACCGUGCAUCAGGCACCGGCGCCGCCCACCCAGCUGCUGGACGAGGACGAUGAAGAGGAGCAGCUGCAGGAUGAGGAUAAUGAGGAGCUGGCCAGCAGCAAGCGCCUGUCCAGUUCCAGCAAUGAAUCUCGCAGCAAUGGCCUGGCCACGCCCAUCAAACAGUCGCCGCAAACACAACCUGUGCAAAGUCCGCCCAAAUUCGCAUUGUUGGGGGAGCAGGUCCCGUCGACACCAACGCCGCCGCCGCUGCUGCCCCGCAAGAAGGAGCAUGCGCAGCUGAAGCGCGAGCUCAGUGAAGCGACCAGCGCACGUAAGGAGGCCAAUCAGCGUAUCAUAGCGUGGGUGUAGUCUAUGCUCUAUAUGGUUUACUUUACUGUUUCACAUGUCUCUAAGCUGUAACUGUAACAACAUUCGACAUUUCCAUUGCACCAUUUCACCUUUCAUUUCGCAUGCAUGCACAUCCCCUAAUGAGUAACCCAUUCCAUAUCAGGUUUAAGGCGUAUUCGGUGACUAAACACAGCAAAAAUCACUCACAGUAUUUUUUGCAUUUCUGCUCUUCUCUUUCUGCAACUACCAAACAAAUCCAAACUGCUGUUUCGAUCGACUGUCUUUAGACUCGAAAAAUUGGUUAAAGACCUAAGCGCCCAGGUGGCGAGCCAACCAAAUUGGAAUCCAAAUGUGACUGCACCCAAUGCAGCCGCCGGCACCGCCGCCGCCACGGCCAACAGACUCAGCCUCGCCGGCGGACCCAUUACGGACUUAUAGUUCUAGCUAACCGGCUGCGGCGAUCCAAGCACGCCCGGCACCAAGCAUCCGAUGACACCGACUGGUUUGCGUGUUACCCAUUUAUAGCAGGCACCAAAGCCUCGGACUCAACAGCGGCGACUGCACACAUUUCGUUUCAAAAUUAUUUAUAACUCUCUAACCUAUGCAUAAAUCAAAAGAGUGGACAACGUGUUUAAUACACACACACCCACAUAUAUAUACACAUCUAUUUAUAUAAGCCAAAUGAUCAUGUUAAAGGCCAAAUCCUCAGUAUACACAGCAAUCCCACAGUUCAGGCCGCACAAAACUUAAAAAUUGUUACUAAAUCAGAGUAUCUACACAUACCGACAUAAAUUAACUAUGUAACUAAUAGCGAAAAUCGUGUACCUACAUAUAUAUAUAAUUAUAUAUUUAUAUGUCCAUAUAUACCUAAUAUAACAAGCGAACAAAAAUCAAAAUCUAUUUAGAGACAAUUGUAACUGUUUUGUAAAGGAAUGCAAACACUUUAUACGUACGUUCAUCGAUAUUGUUGUGCAGUGUUGUAGUAUUAAUCACUAUUUUUUAAUAACUUACAUUAAACAGAUUUAGGUGCCAUUUGAUACAUAAACAACAAAUUCAUGUUUUAUUUAAUUACCAAGGAAAAAAUUCCGCACCCAGGAUUCCAUUGUUUUCGCAGAUAUUUUAAUUUUAUAUAAUAAUAAUAUAUAUGUAAAUAUUUAUUUACACUUUAUUUAACCAACAAA